AUGUCUGGGGCUCCUGAUUUCUCCGAGGCCUGCCCGGUCUACGCGCCGUUCUUCGGUGCCAUGGGUUGCACGGCAGCAAUCGUUUUCACCUGCCUCGGUGCUUCCUACGGAACUGCCAAGUCGGGUGUUGGUAUUGCCGCCAUGGGUGUUUUGAGACCUGACCUCAUCGUCAAGAACAUCGUACCCGUCAUUAUGGCUGGUAUCAUCGGUAUCUACGGUCUCGUCGUCUCCGUCCUUAUCUCCUCCGGCUUGACCCAACGCCUCCCUCUGUACACCGGCUUCAUUCAGCUCGGUGCAGGUCUUUCUGUCGGUCUUGCUGGUUUGGCCGCUGGUUUCGCCAUUGGUAUCGUCGGUGACGCUGGUGUCCGAGGAACUGCCCAGCAGCCCAGACUCUUCGUCGGCAUGAUUCUGAUUCUUAUUUUCGCCGAAGUCCUGGGUCUGUACGGUCUCAUCGUGGCACUGCUGAUGAACUCCAAGGCCAACGUCGACGUCAGCUGCUAG